AUGCCUUCAACCCGCAAAUCCUACACCAUCGCAUGGAUCAGCCCCCUCGAGGUCGAAUUCACCGCGGCCUACCUGAUGCUCGACGAGGACCAUCCGCCCCUCGCACAGCCCCUCGGCGACCCGAACCACCACACCCUCGGCCGGAUUGCGACCCACAACAUCGUCAUCAUCAAUCUGCCCAUCACGGGGAAUACCUCAACCGCUGCCGCUGUCGCGCAUCUGCGUCGGACCUUUCCGAACGUUCGCGUCGGACUAUUGGUCGGGAUUGGUGGGGGAGUUCCGACGACCACGGACCAGGGGCGGAUUCGUCUGGGGGAUGUGUUCGGUUCUGCAGAUUGUGGACAGUUAUCGAUGCCACCAGCGGAAUUGCUAGAGGCGAUGCAGAUGGUGGAGAUGAAGCGGGCGCGACUGCGGAUAGAUCCUGUCAAGUCGCAUUUGAGGCGAAUAGACACCACCAUUCGAGGAUUGAGGAGAUAUGCCGCUCCAGGUCAUAGCCAGGAUAUUCUCUAUCCGGCGGAAUACCAUCACCAAGCACCAGGGUUGUCAUGUUCAGAGGCAGGCUGUGACCCGCGCAAGCGCGCGGAUGAUCCUGCUGUAUUGGCAGACGAGGAUGGCCGGGAGGAUCCCCCCAUCACAGUACACCCAGGAAUCAUUGGGUCAGGGCCCAGCUUAAUCAAGGACGGCGUGGUCAGGGAUCGUCUCGCGCGACGGCACGGGGUCGUCUGCUUCGAAACAGAGGCGGCCGGGGCUCUGCACGGGUUCCCGUGUUUGGUCAUCCGGGGCAUCUCGGAUUAUUGCGACUCCCACAAGAAUAACGUGUGGCAUGGCUACGCAGCAGCCGUCGCGGCUGCAUAUGGGCGAGAAUUACUUUGCAAUGUCCCCGGAAGGGGUCGGAGGCGGGGUAAUGCAAAGAGUCGGGCAAAGACCGAUAUCAAGCACGGGGUGCCCUGCUACGUCCGUCGAUUGGUCGUCAUCCCUGGGGACACGGCAGUAUCCGUCUUCGACAAUUGCCUCCCCGGCAAUGGGUCUUGGGGUCUAGGUCUCCGAGCUGCAAGGCGACAUCUGCUUCCGGCCCGAAGAAUGUAA